GUGGGAAACCUGAUUGGGGGAAGCCUUCGACGAUCUGGAGUUGUUUGGCAUUGAACAGUUUGAUCGUUGAUCGUCGAGCGGUGAAGACGUAUCUUGAGCAGAUGUCGCAAAUGCUAUCGAAACGGCAGUUCAACUGAUUGUUGGGAGUUUUUUGUGUUUGUGAAAUUGCUGGAGUUUAGAUUAGAAGGGCAUCACGCAGAAGAGGUGUGUCCAAUAGAUCGCAUUUUUGGAAGAAAGUGACAUAGAAGAAGUGACAUAUUUUGUGAUUGGCUCCGGGCAUUCAAUACCAGAAAACUGAUCUUACGGUAUUUUGGUGACAUAAAUUUUCAGAAAAAAAAAAUGUGCAACUUUAAUGUAUCAAUUGUUAAUGCUGUUUUGGUGCAAAUCUGAAUAAAUCCCCGCAUGCUAGCAGAAAAACUGUUAUAUCUGCUAAAAAAAAAACGAGCGGAAACGAGAGUACAAAUUUAUUGAAAAGUGAAGAGUUCAACAUCAACAACAAGUAACAAUGAAGUGCUUAGUUUCCAGUUGUGGGUGCUUCUUCGCAAUGAUGCUAGUGCUCCUGAUGGUCACGAUACUGACUGCGGAGGCCAAGCUGGCUGCUCAUGGCAAAUAUCAGAUGAUGGCUGCGCCAAACAAAAACACCGACGAACGCAGCUUCAUGGAUAACGUGAAGAUGGUUUUUGGCAGAGGCAGCAAUAAAGCACCGGCUCACGAUACGCCUUCCAGUUCCUGCAGUUGUCGUUGUGGUGAACGUAACGACGCUUCGCGAAUCGUUGGCGGUCAGCCUACGGGUAUCAACGAGUUUCCCUGGAUGGCACGGUUGAGCUACUUCAAUCGGUUCUACUGCGGCGGAAUGCUAAUCAACGAUCGCUACGUGCUGACGGCAGCUCAUUGUGUCAAAGGUUUUAUGUGGUUCAUGAUCAAAGUGACGUUUGGAGAGCACAACCGGUGCGACGAUGCAGUCCGACCAGAGACCCGUUUCGUGCUGCGGGCCAUUGCUCAAAAGUUCAGCUUCCUUAACUUUGACAACGACAUCGCACUGCUGAGGCUGAACGACCGCGUCCCGAUAACCGACUUCAUUCGGCCGAUCUGCCUCCCAACUGAUCCAGCAAAAACGUAUGUCGGGACGAAUGGACUGGUGACCGGUUGGGGAACCCUGAAGGAGGACGGUAAGCCAUCGUGCAUUCUGCAAGAAGUGGAAGUGCCAGUUAUUUCCAACGACGUGUGCAGCAGCGAGACCAACUACACCUCUUCGAUGAUCACCGACAACAUGAUGUGUGCUGGAUAUCUGGGAGUGGGCAAGAAGGAUUCCUGCCAAGGUGACAGCGGAGGUCCACUGGUUGCCGAGCGACCUGACAAGCGAUACGAAUUGAUCGGAGUAGUGUCCUGGGGAAAUGGCUGCGCUCGGCCUUACUACCCGGGAGUGUACACCAGGGUGACCCAGUAUCUGGAUUGGAUCAAGGAAAAUUCCAACGACGGAUGCUUCUGCAAUGAAUGAGAAUUGAGGCCAGCAAUCGGGUCUCACAUUUGGGUUGUAGAGUGAUUCUAGGGAAAGAUGUGCGGUAUUUUUAUGAAUUUGAAAUGAAACAACAGCCUUUGUGUGUUGAAUGGUAACAGUAAAACGAUAAAUCUGUUACUCGGUGUAAAUUUUUGUAACUAGAACUAAUGAAGUGCAGCGCACCUCGUUUCGGGCUGCGUUCAGCUCUCAAACCGGGAACCGCUCUACGACCCUUCGACGAGUUUAACCAGCGAAGCCAAUGUGCGUAUAGAAUAACGAUGUGAAACGAAACGAAUUGUGAAGCAUAAUGCAACUCGAAACACGAAAAGACUUACUUGAUGAAGUGAAUCGGAAGAGCGAGAAACAGUGGAGUAACAUUAAGCUAUAUAAGUAACCGAAUUAAUUUAUAGAACUACUGUGUAUGAAUAAAACAAAAGAACAACGAAAUGAAAACAAGCGUCAA